UUGCUUCAAAAGAUUGUUGUAAGGUAGUUUUCUGGGCUUUAUUUAUGAUUUUUCUUGCAUAUUACCAUUCUUACAAUGUUUACAGUUUCUUUCUUGUCCUGCUUCACAUUUAUACAGUUCCAUAUGAUAGUGGGUGCUACUACAUAUUUGGGUUUCGCAGUGUUUAGAGGUUCAGUGAUUUUGGGGUCAGUGUUUUAGAGAGAGAAAGCAGAAAGAGAAAGUCAUGGCUGGAGGUGGAGGAGCACCAGCAAAGGCAGACGAACCUGCGCCACACCCACCAAAAGAUCAGCUUCCCAAUGUUUCCUACUGCAUUACUAGUCCUCCCCCAUGGCCCGAGGCUAUUCUCCUUGGAUUUCAACAUUAUUUAGUGAUGCUGGGUACAAUUGUUAUCAUUCCUACUGCUCUUGUUCCUCAAAUGGGAGGCGGAAAUGAGGAGAAAGCGAAAGUUAUCCAGACUUCACUUUUUGUCGCUGGGUUGAACACCCUGUUGCAGACAUUUUUUGGGACUAGAUUACCUGCUGUGAUUGGAGGGUCAUAUACCUUUGUGGCACCCACAAUUUCCAUUAUCCUAUCUGGUCGAUGGAGCGACCCGGACCCCAUAUCGAGAUUCAAGAAGAUAAUGAGGGCAACUCAGGGCGCACUCAUUGUUGCUUCGACUAUUCAGAUAGUCUUAGGUUUCAGUGGCCUCUGGUGCAUUGUUGUAAGGUUUCUGAGCCCACUUUCUGUUGUACCUUUGGUUGCUCUUGCUGGUUUUGGACUCUAUGAGCUUGGUUUUCCGGGGGUUGCAAAAUGUGUUGAAAUUGGGCUGCCACAACUUGUCAUAAUAGUUUUCUUGUCUCAGUAUCUGUCCCAUCUGAUACACUCAGGAAAACAUAUCUUUGCUCGUUUUGCUGUUAUAUUCUCCGUGGUGAUUGUAUGGAUUUACGCUCAUUUACUUACUGUUGGUGGAGCCUAUAAUGGAAAGGCACCAAAGACACAAACAAGCUGCCGUACUGAUCGUGCUGGACUUAUUGAUGCUGCUCCAUGGAUAAGAGUUCCCUAUCCUUUUCAAUGGGGAGCACCUUCAUUUGAUGCUGGUGAAGCCUUUGCCAUGAUGAUGGCUGCAUUUGUUGCUCUUGUAGAGUCCACGGGUGCCUUCAUUGCGGUGGCAAGAUAUGCCAGUGCAACGUACAUGCCACCAUCUGUUCUCAGUCGUGGUGUGGGUUGGCAGGGGGUUGGCAUUUUGUUGUCUGGGGUGUUUGGAACUGGAAAUGGAUCUUCUGUAUCUGUUGAGAAUGCUGGCCUUUUAGGAUUGACGCGUGUUGGCAGUCGAAGAGUUGUACAGAUAUCUGCGGGGUUCAUGAUUUUCUUUUCCGUUCUCGGAAAAUUUGGAGCAGUCUUUGCUUCGAUCCCAGCACCAAUAGUUGCUGCUUUGUAUUGCCUUUUAUUUGCAUACGUGGGUUCGGUAGGUUUAAGUUUCCUUCAGUUCUGCAAUCUCAACAGCUUCCGAACAAAGUUCGUAUUAGGUUUCUCAAUCUUUCUGGGCUUGUCUAUUCCCCAAUACUUCAAUGAGUAUACAGCAGUCACUGGGUUUGGUCCUGUCCACACAUCAGGGAGAUGGUUCAACGACAUUGUCAAUGUCCCUUUCUCAUCUGAAGCUUUUGUUGCGGGCUUGUUGGCUUAUUUCCUGGACAACACACUGCACAAGAAGGAUGGCUCAAUAAGGAAAGACAGAGGUAAGCAUUGGUGGGACAAGUUCAAGUCCUUCAAGGGGGACUCAAGAAAUGAGGAAUUCUAUGCACUGCCAUUCAAUCUUAACAAAUAUUUCCCCUCUGUGUGAUUUUGCUCCAUCUCUGAAUUAGAAGGUGUGUCUACCUCCCUGGUACCUUUGAAAACCUAUUUGUGGGGCUGAACCACCACACUAUUGUUCUUUUACUUGUGUCCCUUAACACAUUCUAAAGAAGUAUAAACUAUCUGGUGAUUUGACUGAUGCUUAGGCCAUUGUUUGUUAUUUUUCUUGCUGUAAAGUUGUUGAAUCGUAGGGAUUUAGAGUAGCAAUGAAGCAAAUUUGCUGCUUUCAACUCUUUGCUUUUUCCCUUUUUCUGCUGUACGGAUUCUGAUUUGAGCAUUGCGUAUUAAAUUAUGAGCACCUGCCACUCGUAUGGGUACAUUGAGUGAUUCCUAUGUGACAUCUAAUCCUCUGUUUAUAUCUGAUGAUCUGUGGCUUCUUAUUAUAUGAAUUGGUGGAUUUUG